AUGUUGCAGAGCCUUCCACUACCAAUAUCACUACUCGCUUUUACAGCUCUAAUUUCUAAAUUCAAACAACAGCCACUUGAUACCGGGAUGUCCUACGCAAAUUUCGAUGGCCUUGACCUAGCAACGGCUAGCCUGAUAGUUCAGCUUCAGCUUGAUGAUAUACAAGAGAUUAGAGGGCAUUCUAAAGGCAAAGGUCGUGAAGGCGAAGUGUCUGAUACUGAUUUGUCGUUGGAGCUAUACGAUGACGAGCUUGUUCAACGUUCUCAAAUACUAAGGGACACGUUGGCGACGAGAAGCAUCGCAGCUGCAACCCGCAAUGACCAACUGGCAAUACAAAACUGUGUAGAAGGUGAGAGGCGUGCGUACCAAGACCGUCAGCUCGCAUGCCGUCUAGGAGGGAUAAACCCUCCCCAGGCGCCGGUCCUCGCAAUUUGCUCUGGAAAACAAGCAAAUAAAGCGGCAGAGCAAUCAUCUUCAUCCUCGCCUAUCUGCCUCUACAAAGAGGCUUCCGAAAAGAUCCUCGAAUGCGAAAUCUGCUGUGAAGCGGUGGAUAUAACAGGCUCAGCGCGUCUUCCUUGCAAUCAUCUAUACUGCCGCAGGUGCCUUCAACGACUGUUCCACGAGUCAUUCUCUGAUGAGACUCUCUUCCCUCCACGAUGCUGCCGCCAACAAAUAAUAGUCGAACAGGUUGGGGGUCUUUUAACGCCAGGCCUCAUAGCCUCUUUUAAGGAGAGAAAAAUAGAAUUCGACACGAAAGAUAAGACGUACUGUUCUUCGCCCUCAUGUUCUAAGUUCAUACGUCCCGAGCACAUUGAGGGUGAACGCGCCUUGUGUCCGCACUGCGACACCACCACCUGUACAAUUUGCAAAUUUGGUGCACACGAUGGAGAUUGCCCUAAAGAUACCGCUCUUUCCCAGGUUCUAGCCUUAGCUAAAACGACCGGCUGGCAGAGGUGCUACUCUUGCAAGCGUAUUAUCGAACUAGACACCGGAUGUUACCAUAUAACUUCUGUUAUCUCUGUGGUGUCAACUGGAAAAAGUGUGCCUGUGAGUUUUGGGAUGAUAAUCAGCUGGUUCGGCGUGCAAAUCAACUCGUCGACCGCCGGCCGAGGACUACGGAAAACCGUGAGGUGGCAGUUGCACAACAAAUCCGUAAUUUACGAGAGCGACAUAACUGUGGCCAUGGAAGGUGGUUUAGGGUGGAUGGCAGACAUCGCUGUGAGGAAUGCAGAAACACACUGCCCGAUUUUAUCUUGGAAUGUCGCCAAUGUCAGCUCCAGGCCUGCGUUCGAUGCAGGAGGAAUCGACUAUAACGCUGCUCACUAG